AUGCGGUUCCCCGCCGUCCUAACCUUCACAUACAACGGACAGAAACACGCUUUCCAGUCACCCCGAGCUGCGCAGGGAUUUGUGGAUGGACUGCCGUGAACUAUGCAACGAUUACCAUUGGAGGAAGUGGCCACUGUGUAACGCUACAGCCAUAGAUGAAGGGGAUCAUGUUUGUACAAGAAAGGAGUUUGCUGCCAUUUUUCUCUUUCUGACUAUCUUUGUCUUCACCCUUCUGCUACGUAACACAGACGUUCUGAAGUUUCACUAUAAAGUGAACUCCACCAUCAUCGUCCCAAAAGUUUCCUCUGAGCCUGACAUGCAUCACAGCUUCUGCACCUUCCAGCCACGAUUACCUGAGGAUGCUCUGGAGGAAUUCCUCCUACUAGACUCCAUUGCUUGGCCUGAAGCUCCGCCUCUCUCAGAUCCUCUUUCCCUGAAUCAGACCAGUGAUCCAGCUCACAGCACCUUCACCAUUCUCCCAAGGAGGACAGGAGGACAGUGGCAUGUCUGCGAUCAGCUGGAGAUUAUUAUCAAAAUGUCUGAUUUCCAUGGCCGUCCCAAGAAGUCUGGGGGAGACUUCUUACUCGCCCGCCUGCACAAUCAGAGGCUUGGUACAGGUGUGGUUGGGCAGGUGGUGGAUCAUCUCAAUGGCAGCUACUCUGCUGUUUUCUCUUUACUCUGGGAAGGAGACGCACAGGUUGAGGUGACCCUGGUUCACUCUAGUGAGGCUAUUCAAGUGGUGAAGAGACUGAACAAUGACCAGCCUGACAGGAUUAUGUUCAAGAGUGUCUUCCGCUCAGGCUCACUUUCUGAAACUACUUUCUGUAACAUGUGCCUACGUCCAACCAAGCAGCCGCUGUGCAACUACACUGACCUCCGUACAGGCGAACCUUGGUUCUGUCACAAGCCAAAAAAGUUAAGCUGUGAUGCCAGGAUCAGCCACAGAUUUGGCUAUUUUAAAAAAAACAUUCGGGCCAGUGAGGAUAAGCUCAUUCAAAGUGGUGUUAACAUGAAAGUCUCAAUUCUGGUUUUGGGACCUGCCAAUGUCACUGUACUGCCAAAAAAAGAAGAUCAAUCAAAGGUACAGAGCAGCGUUGUGUCAUCUGGACCCUCUGGCUAUUACUACCAGGGUGUGUGGCGAGCACUAGGUGGCACCAAAGUUCACCAGUUCAACAGCGCCUCUGUUAUCAGUCAGUGCCUGAAAGGCAAAGUGCUCCACAUGUAUGGAGACUCCACCAUCAGGCAGUGGUUUGAAUACCUCAACGCAGAACUACCAGAUCUUAAGGAGUUUAACCUGCACAGCCCAAAGCAAGUUGGACCUUUCAUGGCUUUAGACUAUGCAAACAACAUCUUGGUGACGUAUCGCUGUCAUGGUCCUCCGAUACGCUUUGGCCCAGUCCAAACCAGUCAGCUUCGUUAUAUUGCCAAUGAACUGGAUGGUGUAACUGGAGGCACCAACACUGUCAGAUUCUCCGGGUUCAAAAACUCAUAUGCGCUGUUGAAAUUUCUAAAUCCAACCCCUGGGCCAUCUACCAAAUCUACUGCUGUUGCCUCCACCUCAUCAGCAGAACCAAGCAGUGAUGCAGCAGCAUCAAGCAGUCCUCCCAUUGCCUCCACCUCAUCAGCAGAACCAAGCAGUGAUGCAGCAGCAUCAAGCAGUCCUCCCAUUGCCUCCACCUCAUCAGCAGAACCAAGCAGUGAUGCAGCAGCAUCAAGCGGUCCUCCUGCUGCACCAAUAGACCCUGCUGACUGGCCUUCUGCUUUAACUGAAAAGGUACGAACAGAGUGGAGUGUCCUCCUGAAACACGUUAAAACCACUUUGAAAUCAUGGGCUGAGACCAGAUGGGAAAGCAGGAUAAAAAGCAUUGAGGCAGUCAGGUAUCAGGCUGGGCAAGUCAGAGAGGCUCUUCUGGAGGUGAGGGAAACAACAAAAGACCCUGUGGUGAGGGUUGAAGCCCAGUCUUUGGCUGAGGAGAUUGGAUCGUAUCGUUUUUGCAUUUGUACAGCCAUCUGGUAUGACAUUCUUAGCAAGAUCCAGCAUGUGAGCAAACUCAUGCAGUCGCCCUCCAUGCAGCUAGAUGUGGCUGUCGACUUGCUGAAGAAGACCAAAGAUUCCCUCACCAGCUACAGAAACACUGGAUUUUCUGAUGCGCAGACAACGGCAAAGGAGAUGUGUGAAGAAAUGAAUGUGGAGGCUGAACUCAAACAAAAGCGACUGAGAGCCACCAAAAGGCACUUUGGUUAUGAGUCUCCAGAUGAGCCCAUACAAGAUGCACUUAAAAAAAUGGAAACCACAUUUUUUUAUGUGGUAGUGGAUACAGCCACCUCUUCUCUUGAUGAAAGAUUUCAGAACCUUGGAGAGGUAAAUGACAAGUUUGGUGUACUCCUCAAUUUCCACAACUUGCAAAAAGAAGAGCUGCUACAGCAGUGCAAAACCCUGAGUACUACUCUGACCCAUGACAGCCAGCCGGACAUUAAUGGCACAGAACUUGCAAUGGAAAUGCAGAAUUUCCCACCAUUGCCAUCAAAGAACAUUACACACAUGGAGCUCUUGACCUUCCUGCAUGAGAAGAAGCUGGCAGAAAUUUACCCCAACAUGUGGAUUGCUCUCAGAAUCUCUGCCACUCUUCCUGUCACAGUGGCUGCUGCUGAAAGAAGCUUCUCUAAGCUCAAACUCAUUAAAACUUACCUGAGAUCUACUAUGAUGCAAGAACGUCUCAGUGGACUUUCCAUUAUAAGCAUCAAUCAUGUGGUCUCAAAUCAGCUGUCAUAUGAUGAUGUUGUUGAUGACUUUGCUGCAAGAAAAACUAGGAGAGUAAGGCUGUAG